CACAGAGAGAAUCACUCUGAUUGCUGUCGCUGUGCUAUAUACACGUCUGCUGCCUGCUCGCUAAACCCAAAAAACUCAACCUUUAUCCAAAAUGUGUGACGAAGAGGCAUCAGCUUUGGUUGUGGACAAUGGAUCCGGCAUGUGCAAGGCUGGCUUUGCCGGUGAUGAUGCACCACGCGCUGUCUUCCCAUCCAUUGUGGGUCGUCCCCGUCAUCAGGGUGUGAUGGUGGGCAUGGGUCAGAAGGAUUGCUAUGUGGGUGAUGAGGCGCAGAGCAAACGUGGUAUUCUCUCCCUGAAAUAUCCCAUUGAGCAUGGCAUCAUCACCAACUGGGAUGACAUGGAGAAGGUCUGGCAUCAUACCUUCUACAAUGAGCUGCGUGUGGCCCCCGAGGAGCAUCCCGUUCUGCUCACUGAGGCUCCACUGAACCCCAAGGCCAAUCGCGAGAAGAUGACACAGAUCAUGUUUGAGACCUUCAACUCACCUGCCAUGUAUGUGGCCAUCCAGGCAGUGCUCUCCCUGUACGCCUCCGGCCGUACCACCGGUAUUGUUCUCGAUUCCGGCGAUGGUGUCUCCCACACGGUGCCCAUCUAUGAAGGUUAUGCCCUGCCACAUGCCAUCCUCCGUCUGGAUCUGGCCGGUCGCGAUCUGACCGACUAUCUGAUGAAGAUCCUCACCGAGCGUGGCUACUCUUUCACCACCACCGCUGAGCGUGAAAUUGUGCGCGAUAUCAAGGAGAAGUUGUGCUAUGUCGCUCUGGACUUUGAGCAGGAAAUGGCCACAGCGGCUGCAUCCACCUCGCUGGAGAAGUCCUAUGAGCUGCCCGAUGGACAGGUCAUCACCAUUGGCAACGAACGUUUCCGCACUCCCGAGGCUCUGUUCCAGCCCUCGUUCCUGGGCAUGGAAUCCUGCGGCAUUCACGAGACUGUCUACCAGUCGAUCAUGAAGUGCGACGUGGACAUCCGCAAGGAUCUGUAUGCCAACAAUGUGCUCUCCGGCGGUACCACUAUGUAUCCUGGUAUUGCUGAUCGUAUGCAGAAGGAAAUCACCGCCCUGGCACCAUCCACAAUUAAGAUCAAGAUCAUUGCACCACCCGAGCGUAAAUACUCUGUAUGGAUCGGUGGCUCCAUUCUGGCCUCUCUGUCCACCUUCCAGCAAAUGUGGAUCUCCAAGCAGGAGUACGAUGAGUCCGGUCCCGGCAUUGUGCACCGCAAGUGCUUCUAAGCAACUCAAGCGAUACGCCAACAACAGCAACAACAACAACAACAACAACAACA